ACGACAUAACCGUGCCUGUGAUAUCGCCCAGCGAUUACAACAAUUUCAAUGAAUGGGCGGACGGCCACGUGAGACUCGUCUAUCCACCGGAUCAUGAAGAAGCCAAAAAACAUACAUCGGGAUGGGCAAUGCGCAAUACGAACAAUCACAAUGUAAAUAUUUUAAAGAAGAGCUGUCUGGGUGUCUUGGUAUGUUCGUUCAAUUGUGUGCUGCCGAACGGCGAUACGAUCCAUUUACGACCAGCUAUUUGUGAUAAGGCACGAAGAAAACAGCAAGGGAAGAUGUGUCCGAACCGAAAUUGUAAGGGUGGACGAUUGGAGAUUCGAUCGUGUCGUGGCCAUUGUGGAUACCCAGUCACACACUUUUGGCGACACACUGACCAUGCGAUCUUCUUCCAAUCGAAGGGCGUUCAUGAUCACUUACGACCAGAGCCAAAGAAUAAUGUUGAGUCCAGACGGGUCAUUGGUGGACGACGAGUGCGGGGUCUUGCUGUACUGUUGGCUAGAGACGCAGCUUUGAGUAACAAGUUAUCUUCGCUGCGGCAGUACAAGAAACAGAUUCAAACAACCAGUAAUUUGGAUGUGCUACCACCGCCAUUGAUACCAGAUAAAAGCAAUGAGGCUUCGUGCAACUGUUUCAAACCGAUCUGUUCGUGUCCAAUACCGAAAAAUGGAACUCAACAGCCAACGAAUUAUUACUCCGAAAAUAUUAACCAAACACAAUAUGUACCAAGCGCCAGUGAGAAUUACUGGAUCCCCAAUCGAUAUAACCAAUGCACAACAACGUUCAGUUACUCAUCGGAAGAUGCGCUGCUUAAUAAUCAAAACGAACCGGAGUUCAUCAAUUUCGAGCCGAAUGCUAACGCAUACAAACUGUCCCCGUUAUCGGGAGAGGUAUUUCAGCCGGACGAAAUAUUCCAACUUGAUCAACCAAUUCGAUAUCCGAACAAUGGAUUCAGUACAACGUCCCCGCAGACACUGUUAGAUCUGGGAAGUGGUGCGAUCGAAACUAAAAUGAAUGCAUCGGCUCAUUGCUUUAACGAUGCCUCCGAUUCGUUCUAUAAUUUGAAUGAAGACAGCACGAGUUCCAGUCAAAAUAACGAUAGCUCCAUUUGUGGCUAUGCGAACUACCAUAACAACAACAAUAACAACGUGGUGGGAAACGAGGUGGAAAACAACAGAGUCAUUGCUGGUGGUGGUUCGUCCGACAUGUCUUUGCUGAGUGGAUGUGACGGUAUCGGUCAUAGUGCACAAAUGCAGCGAUUCGAAAACAGUUUCCAUAUACAGUAUGACCAUCAGCCGGUUGUAAAUUUUAAACCGAACCGAGGAAAAUAUGACGAGAUGGUUGUGGAUAAUGGUUACAGAAAAUCGUACGGCCUGUACGAUGAGAAUCAAACAUUUCUGAGCGAUGGCAGUGGACAAGGGCUGGCUGAAAAACUUCAUCAACAAUCGAACGGAUCGGAUCUGUCGUUAGCGUAUCAGCAACAGUUUAUGGAACCGUGUUUCGAUUACACAGCCAACGAUGUUGACUCGCAUGUGACUUACAAAAUAGCUUUAGAUUCUGGUCAAUAAAUGGAUGUCUUGUGUGA